AUGCAAAAGAGAGAAGCUAAACUAGUAGAAUGUUGGAGUAAACCAAUUGGGAUGCAAAGCCUAAGGAGUGUCGACCACGCAUGGAACCGAUCAAAUAUAGGAGGUGACAAAAAGAGGGAUUCACUGAUUGAAUAUAUACACAUGAUCACCAGCUACAUGUUUUAUAUGGAGAAUGGUUCAUGUUUGAUGAACAUGCCUUUAAGAACCAAUUUUAUUCCAUUGCUUGAAAGGGUUGAAGAUGCUGAUCAAGGGUUACAGUUGAUUGAUUUAAAGAGCAUGAGCGAGUUUUCUUUUGCUUCAAAUAUGGAGAUUACCAAUGUAACGGAAUAUGAAGCACUUGAAAAGCAGAAGUUACCCAUGAUGAUCUAUGAUUAUUAUGCAUCGGGUGCAGAAGCUCAAUGGAAUCUUAUGGAAAAUCGAAAUGCUUUGUCAAAAAUAUUGUUUCAAACGCGUAUACUUAUAGAUUUAAGCAAGAUAAUAUAUGACCACAACAAUUUUAGGCUUCAAGAUUUUAAUGCCUAUCAUGGUUGCACCUACAACUAUGAAGAAAAUGGCUAACCCUGAUGGUAAAUACUCGAAGGUUUCUCCGUUGGUCAGUCAUUGAGAAUACGUGUGGGCCUUAUAAAGGGAUGCAUGUGUUGUGUCAUGGCAAUUCGAUAUUCUCAUAUUAAAGUCAAGCUUGACUCCCAACACAAGAUUAUUACAUGUAACAUUUUCAAGUUGUGGUCGAAUUUGGAUGAGUCAUACUUCUCUACAGAGAAAGUUUUUGGUGGCAUUACAAAUGUUUGUAGGUAUC